AUGUCGACUUUUACCAUUGACAGACGGAAAGCUGCCGUAUUUGGUGCUGCAGCUGCUGUCCGUCUGUUACUUUUUACGGCAUUUCCAGGCCUCCCAGAAUUGCUAACGGCGCGGGUUGAAAUAUCCACACCAGUUACAAGCUUCAAGAGAUUACAAGAAGGCCUCUUUCUUUACAACCACAACGUUUCCCCUUACGAUGGCGGAGUCUACCACCAAGCUCCAAUACUGCUGUCGCUCUUCUCCCUCCUCCCGAAUUCGACAACAUACCCCUCCUUCACCUACCUGUUAUAUAUUGUUAUAGAUGUUUUAAGCGCAAAUGCGCUUAUGAAGAUUUCGGAGUCUGGGGAAGCUGGUUCUUCCAAGCUUUAUACAUCACCAAGGAAGGAUAAGAAAUGGACGUCUUAUGCCAUUGCUGCUGCUUUCCUCUUCAAUCCAUUUACGAUCGCAACAUGUAUAGGACGUCCGACGAGUGUCUUUACCACAUGCGCCAUUCUCCAUGCUGUUUCGGCGGCUAUUGCUGGACAAUCCUUCACAUCGAUGUUCACGUUGGCCAUUGCAUCUUACCUGUCCAUGUACCCUUUAUUACUGUUUCCACCAUUAGUGCUUUUAUGCUACGAUCGAAGAAGCUCCAAGCAGCAAGAUAGUUCUGUAUACAAUUUUGUGGCCAAAAAUGCCGCUAGUAUGGUUGGACUUUUGUAUCUGCUCGCUCAAAUGUCCUCAACAAUUACCGGAUCAUGGGAGUUUAUGCGAUCGACAUACGGAGUCCAACUCCUCCUACCGGAUCUUACUCCUAAUGUUGGCUUGUGGUGGUACUUCUUCAUCGAGAUGUUCGACUCGUUUCGGAAUUUCUUCCUCGGAGUUUUCUGGAUUCAUCUGUCUUCGUACGUUGGCGGGUUGACAAUUCGGCUUCGAAGACAACCUCUCUUCGUGAUCACAACCUUACUUGGCAUAUUUGCCAUCUUCAAACCAUAUCCAUCUAUCUCCGACACAUCAUUCUUCCUAGCAAUGUUGCCAUUAUAUCGACACGUCUUUCCUCUGAUGAGGUACACAUUCCUAGCAUUGUCGACAAUCUUGUAUGCGACAUUACUAGGUCCGGCGUUUUAUUAUUUAUGGAUAUACGCAGGAAGUGGGAAUGCAAAUUUCUUUUACGCUAUUACAUUGGUCUGGAGUUUGGGGCUGAGCAUAUUGGUUGCAGAUGCGUUGUUUGCCGUCUUGCGAGACGAGUGGGAAGUAGAACGGCCAGAAAUGAGAGGGAAGGAAAUCCGACAGGUAUAG